AUGAAGAGUGCAUACAGAAGCGUAAUGUUCUACAUUGGACAAAAGGAACUGGAGAUGCAGUACAAGAUGAACAGAAUUGUCGGUCAAUGUAGGCAAAAGUGUGAACUUAUGCAGGCAAAAUUUACUGAGAAACUGGAAGAAGUCCAUACCGCAUACCAGAAGAUGGCCAAAAGAUGUCAGUUGAUGGAGCAAGAGAAUGAAAACUUGAACAGAGAUAAGCAGGAGCUGCAAGAAAAAUUUGCUGAGAAAUCCAGGCAGAAGAGGAAGCUUGAUGAGAUGUAUGACCAAUUGAGGAAUGAAUAUGAGUCGCUGAAGCGUUCUGCCCUUCAACCUGCAAAUAACUAUUUAGCAAGACCUCAGCCAGACCUGUUCGCAGGCAUGCCCAACAUGAUGGAUGGUGACAACCAUCUGAGACAAGGAUCGGUUGAUCUUCCUAAAACUCCAGGGCAGAGAGAUGAGGGCUGGGGUCCACCACCAAGGCAACGUCACUCCACCUCCGGCCCCUUUGAGCUGUCUACGGGGUCUCCUGCCCAUGCCAUGGCUCCUCCGGCUGAUAUCAGGCCCAGACAGCAGACACGGCCCGUCUUUGGAGCUACAAUGAACAAUCCAUCCAGCGCCCUGCGAAACUUCAUAAUCUCGCCUGUCAAGCGUCCCCAGGUGUCCCGUAACCGCCAACACAUAUUCACGUAA